AUGGUCGAUCGGACAUUGAUAGUCGAAGAAGACCAAAAAGAAAUUAUACAGGAAUUUCAAGCAAAUAAGCCGAGGCCUAACUUUUUGGUGAAGGUUGGGAGGUCAUCCGGGAUUAAGAAAGUUAAAAAAGAUGAUGUUGGAUCAAAGAAAAAUGAAGCUAACAAAGUUGUUCGUGUCAAGUGUGGAAGGAUGAACCCCAAAAACUAUUUA